CUUGCGCUCGGUCAGCUCGAAUGAAUGAAGGAAAAUCUGUUCAUGGGUCUCUUAUUAAGGUAUCUAAAGAUUUGAAUUUGAUUAUUAGUGCGACUUUGAUCCAUUUGUAUAGUAGAUGUGGAAGAGCAGAAAUUGCUCGUCUAAUUUUUGAUAGGAUGUUGGUCAAGAACAUAGUAUGCUGGAAUGCAAUGAUUUUGGGGUAUUGCAUUCAUGGAAACCCAAAAGAUGGGCUUAAUCUGUAUGCAGACUUGGUGAAUAGAGGGUCAGAAGAUACAGAAAUAAAUCGUGUUAAGAACAUGAAGCAAGUUGAAGGGGAUUGUGUGCUUCCAGAUGAAAUCACUUUUGUUGGUGUCUUAUGUGCUUGUGCCCGUGAAGGACUGCUAACAGAAGCAAGAACACACUUUGGCGACAUGAGUGAUGUGUUUGGUGUGAAGCCCAAUUUCGUACAUUAUUGGUGCAAGGCUAAUCUUCUAGCACAUGUUGGUCUAAUGCAAGAGGCAAUACAAAUACUAAAGAACAUGACAAUAGAGAGCAAUUUGCCACUGGAAUCCUCAUUGUGGUCUGAAUUGCUUGGCUCAGCUCGUUUUUGUGGGGAUGUAAUUGUAAGAGAACAAAUUGCAAAUAAGUUAAUUGAACAUGAUCCCGAGAAUUUUCGGUAUUAUUUAUUGCUGGUCAACAUCUAUGCUGCAGCCGGUCGUUGGGAUGAAGUAGCUCAAACAAAGCAGAGGAUGAAGAAGAGGGGGAUGGAAAGAGUGCCAGGUUGCAGUUUAAAGGACUUGAAGGAAUUAUUUCACAACAUGAUAGCGACAUAAAUUGCAGGAUGACUUAGAUUUGGCACUGCAAGGAAAGGAAAGGAGAAGAUGCCAGAUAAAAUGAUGGACGAGGAGUUUGCCGUCAUGGACAAAAAGGCAAAAGAGGUAUUAUUUUAAAUCUUUCAAAUGAGGUUUUACGUGAAGUUGCAGCAGAAAGCUCAGCC